AUGCGGCUCCGGGAUGGAGGGGGUCGGGCGGCCCGCACCGCUCCUGGACAGGAUUUCGGGGGUGCUGGGGGCUCCCUCCUGUCCCCGUCCCUGUCCCCGUUCCUGCCCUCCGGGACGGACACGGUCCCACCGCUCUGCUUGCAAAGCCACCCCCUAAAUCCUCUCUGUGCCCAGCAUCCCCCUGCCCUCUCCCACCUUGCUGUCCAUCCCUGCAGGCCCCAGUGCCGUGUGUGGACGCUGCUGCUGCUGCUGGGGACGUGCCUGCUGUACUGUGCCCGUGUCACCGUGCCCAUCUGCGCCCUGGCCCUCAGCUCCGACUUCCACUGGGACAAGAAGCAGUUCGGCGUCGUGCUCAGCAGCUUCUUCUGGGGCUACUGCUUGACACAGAUUGUUGGAGGACACAUCAGUGAUCAAAUAGGAGGUGAGAAAGUCCUCCUCCUUUCAGCAUCAGCCUGGGGCUUCCUCACAGUCCUCACCCCGCUGCUCACCCACAUCACUUCAGCCCAUCUGAUAUUUAUGACCUCCUCCAGGUUCCUCAUGGGGCUGCUGCAAGGGGUGUACUUCCCCUCCCUGGCCAGCCUGCUGUCGCAGAGGGUCCGGGAGAGUGAGCGAGCCUUCACCUACAGCACAGUGGGGACUGGAUCACAGUUUGGAACGCUGCUGAUUGGUGGUGCAGGAUCUCUCCUCCUGGAUUGGUACGGCUGGGAAAGUGUUUUCUACUUCUCUGGUUUGCUCACUUUGCUCUGGGUUUAUUGCACCUGCAAAUACCUCCUGAGUGAGAAAGAACUCACCAUCCCCAUGAACUAUUUAAUGAGAGGCCUCUCCAUGCCCAAGCAGACCAAAGUUCCCUGGAAGCAGCUGUUUAGGAAGGCACCGAUCUGGGCUGUCAUCAUCGCUCAGCUCUCCACGGCCAGCACCUUCUUCACCCUCCUCUCCUGGCUGCCGACUUUCUUUAAGGAAACUUUUCCCGAGUCCAAGGGUUGGGUGUUUAAUGUAGUCCCCUGGCUGGUUGCAAUUCCGACGAGCUUGUUCAGUGGAUUUCUGUCUGAUCAUUUAGUCAGUCAAGGGUACAGAACCAUCACCAUUCGUAAGUUCAUGCAGGUCAUUGGCUCUGGUGUCUCAAGCAUUUUUGCUUUGUGCCUGGGCCAGACCUCCAGUUUCUGCAAAGCAAUAGUGUUUGCCUCAGCCUCUGUUGGACUGCAGACCUUUAACCACAGUGGCAUUUCAGUAAACGUGCAGGACCUGGCCCCCUCGUGUGCUGGCUUGCUGUUUGGGGUUGCAAAUACAGGUGGAGCCCUCCUAGGUGUCAUUUGUGUGUACCUGGCUGGAUAUCUGAUUGAGACCACUGGCUCCUGGAUUUCUGUUUUCAACCUGGUGGCUGCUGUGAACAGCAUUGGGCUCUGCACAUUCCUCCUGUUUGGAGAGGCCCAGAGGGUGGACACAGACUCUGUGUAUGUGGAUCUUUAGAGAUGAACCCAAGGAGCAGCUGAAGGACAGGAAAGUGUCACAUCUACGGAUCAUUCUUGCACAAGUGCCAAAGAACAUUUUACUUUUUUUUAGGUGUUUUAACAGGGAAAAAAAAGAUGCUGAAACCAAGUACAUAAUGGGUCUGGAUGAAACCCAUGGGAGAAUAGAAAUUUAGAGUUCAUUUUUUUGCUCAGGGCUGUAGCUGGUGGCUUGCAGAGCCAUCCAGCUCAACAUUUCCAGUGAGGAUGUGCUCUGUGGGACCAGUUUGUCCCAGUCUGUGUCUCGUGGACAAAUACCCUUGUGGCCAAAGCAGCUGACCUGGCUUCUCUCCCAAGGCUGCUGUGGUUCCAUGCCCUCCUGAGGGAGCUGAUUCUCCUUGUGGGAGUGGGGCUCCCAUGCUCUGCUGUCCUGGGACCCCCUGGCUCUGGGGCUGCUGUGCCACCAGGUGUCCUCUGAGGUGUGACAGGAACGUCCCCACGAGUACCUCUGCCCUUAACCCCAUGUGUGCCUUCGUUCUGCUGCAGGUACCAGCCAGGCUCCCAGGGCUGUGAGCUGAACCCCAGGCUUCCCUUCAGGGGAUGUGUGCCCUGGAGCCAGGGCCAUGGGGCUGGGCCAGUGCUGCUGCCACAGAGCUGGGACAGGGCUCCAAGCCAAGCCUGGCUUUGCUCAAGCACCCAAGCUCUCCCUUCUCUCCCUGGCGGCUUCACCCAGCCCUGAGCCCAGGUGCAGCUCCACCAUGAGAGCUGAGCUGAGCUCAGGUCAGGCUUAGCUGGGCUGACCUUGCAGUGCAGCAACAGCUGAGGAAUCCCUCUGGAGCUGUUCUGUCAAGUGCUGUGAAUGUAUGGGAAGAACUGGUCACACUCUGCUGUGGGUCUGCAACUCCCAAAGGCUUUCUGCAUGAUUACAUGUGUCCCCCACGUGCUCUCACAGGGCUGAGGGAGACUUUCCAAAGAGCUUGGCAUGGGCAGGUUUUGUUUCUGUGUUAAGCAUAAAUCAAAUUUCUGCAUCGGGCAUCCACAGGGAAGUGGAUCCCUGUGGUUCCCAAGAGGGAAAUACUUGGCUGUAGACACCUCUGAGCCUGAAUGUCUUAAAGUUAUUUAUAAAUAUUUUAGAAUUUAAGCACCAAAUCCUAUAUUUUAUGUACUUGAGGCCUGAUUCUGCAUGCUUGCUUUGAGUGGUACUCCCACCAAAUCCAACACUAUUUCUUGAAGGGGAGGAUCUACCAGUGUUUGGUUCUGUAGGAUCAAUUUUAAAGGAGAGUUUUAUAUUAAAGCAACUCAUUGCUUCUCUUCCAAUCCCUUGAUUGCAGCCUGAAAGGAUCCCUUGGGUUUCUCUAGUGCUUACCAGAAAACUCAGACUGAGGAGCAGGUUUCCCAAGGACCUUGCAGUGCAGGAAAGCUAUAGGUUCAGGUGAAAAAAAAACUGCCAUUAUCCUCUUCCUCACCUUUUUUUUUGGCCAAAUUUCUUCUUGUAAGACCUGUUGGAGCCAUGUUAAGUUUUUGAAUAGCCCGGUUUAUAGUGAAAAUACUGGCAGCAUUUUAAUUGCAGAGUCACCAAUGGGCAGAAUUAGAGAAGGAUGCAGCUGCCUGAUGUCUCCCCAAGAGAAUAAAGAAUCAGUGUGGCCUGACUGGGGACAGAGAGAUAAGAAAGUAUUUUCUUUUUCUCCUUCUCUGCUCUUUUUUCUCUGAAAGGCUGUUUGCUACCAUAAGUACCACUCUGUACUGGGGUGCUGCAGAGCCAGGAGCUGAGAAGGGUAAAUUGGGAAGAACACCCAGUAACAGCAAACACAAACACAGCCAGGCUUGCCAGAGAGGCCUGAGGCAGUGCAGCCAUCUCUGUCAGCUUGUCCUUUGUCCAGUCUGAACAGAUUGCUUGCAUGGCCUUUUCUAUAGAAAAAACAAACAAAACAAACCCUCAUGGGUUUUGUGGGGUUUUAGAGUAUCUUCCCUGGCCAUUCAGUGCUGCAGGUCAGGAGCACAGGGAGUCAAUGCUGGUUCUCUUUGCUGGUUGCACCAUUUAUUGUGGAGGAGUUAAUGAGUUUAAAUCACUCACAUUUGAAUCAGGCUGCUUGGCCACCCCUUGGAUCUGCCAGCUGGGAAAUUUGGAACUGAUCUUCAAAGGCAAAUGUUUGGCUGUGCCUUCUCUGCGAAUCCAGCUAACAUUCCAGUGAGCUGUCCAAGUUGUCUGUCUCUUAACUGGCUAAGAAGUUAAAUGUUUGACCUGCACUUGAGGCUUUUUUCAUCAUCAUACCUCUUCAGUGAAGUACUGAAACCGUUUUGCAUAUCUGUACUGUUAUUUGUUUAAGCCAAAGCUUGUGGUGUGCGAGUUUUUGCUAUGGAAGGACCUAAAAAGAAUA